AUGAAAAAUUUAAAAGUUCCACGAUGGUACCAGGAUCUUUCCACCCCUCAGAUGGAGAUGAUCUUUGCUCUCGGAAAAUUGAUAAGACGUGAUCACGAAGAGAAAAUUACAGACAGGACCCAAAAGGCCCUGAGGGACAUUGGGAUAACGUCAACAUUCGUCGAAAUUAAACCGAAGGACAUUCGAAAUCUUUGGAUAGCUAGUGAUUUAGAUCCUGUAAAAUUCCUCUGUGAAAUCUAUCGUUUCAUCACUGGAAGUUUUUUUGAGGAAGAAACGUACAAAAAAUUUUACGACUGCAAUGAGAGAAUCGUGCUGUCGUCUAUUGCUUUCUUGAAACUUCCAGAGACGAUAGUUGAGCUUCAUCGUCGUUUGCCCAUGGGGAGAGUCCAUAAACUUCCACCGAAACCUAUCCCUCCUAAAGCUGUAUAUCAAAAAAGAAAUGAAGAGUCCCCGUAUUUGGAAUACCCAGUGGUCCGUCCAAAUUGGCGAACAUAUCGCAGUGAACUGAAGAAAUGGCAACGGUUGCGAAAAGGCAGAGUCAAUCCUCGUGUUAUAUUACCUGUUCCCUGUCUAACGGGCUCUGAAGAUCUUGACCUCGAAAUCGUAGAUGAUUUUUCGCAAAUUGGAGAGUCUCCAAUAUUGAAGCAAAAACAAACACUGGAGAAGAAAGGUCAAAGUAUAAAAAGAAUCACGAGCAAAACCAGUACUGCAGCUUCGUCUCUCGGUCUCUCGAAAAUAUCGGGAAUCAGUUCAAAGAAGAGUAAAACCCUGCAGAGAGAAAAAAGUAAAGCUCUGCAGAGCGAGAAGAGCACGGAAAAUACAACAACUAUCGAGUUCGAAGAUGAAAAUACCGUUGACCCUGUAGAAACAUAUCAAGACAAGGUCGACUCCUACUUCGCUAAGCUUACGAAGAAAUCAUAUCCACCAGGGAGGGAAAAUUUAUCCCAAAAAUGGCAGGAUUUUCUUCUGGAGACUGACGAAAACUUCGGAAUGUUCGAGAAGGAGGCAAAUAUUAUCUUGAAAAGUGUUCGAGAAUCCACGAAGAAAAUAUUUAAUCCUGACGUUUGCGACGGUUGCUGCGCCUGCAGACAAAUUAGAGAAAUGGAUACCAAGGCUAAGGAAUCAAAAAAUCCUAAUUUGGUCAUUGAUAAUGUCAUUGCUGACGAUACGGGAAAACGAUAUGUCGUGGGUUCGCUCGGCAUCACCUCCCCCGCAGAAACCAUCUCCGACGACUCCCUAAACAAGCCCCUGAUAAUUCCCUCGGAGGAUCGAAUCCUCAAGAUCUCAGUAAUCGACUCUGUAACACUCAACGAGAAAGGUCAACCCAUUCGCAUCACCUCAGGGAUCUCAAAACAUGUCAAUCACAUCCCCGAGAGAGUCCUCCAAAAGUCACCCUUGCCCAGGAAGAACGUGCCCUCCUGCAACUGCAAGUCCUCGAAUCCCGAAGAAAAUUCCGGAAACGAGAAUUCUUCCCCAUGCGCUCACGAAGAAGCCGCCUGCACUGCCCAAAAAUAUAGAAAAAGAGAAUUCAAUAAAUGCGGAAAAUGUUCUGAGUCCUCGGACAAUAAAGUAUUCAUAGAGUUUGAGAGGAAAUCCCGAGAACGAGAAAGAAGAGAAGAAGAGGAGAGGAUCAACAGACAUAAACAAUCUGGUCUGAAUGAGUCAGAUAAGACCGUUCAGCAAGAUCAAAUUGCAGUAGAUGAGCAAGAGGAGAUCGAGAGGUGCAAGAGGUGCAGUAAUUCCCCAGACAAGUGUCAACGAAGUCCAUUCAAGGACGUUUUGGACAGGCUUGCGCGGAAGAAAGAGGCAGAGGGAGAGAGAAAGAAGCCUUCGAAGAAAUCGGGGAUAAAGGAGUACAGGGACAACUUGAAGUUCUCAUUAGGAGGUGUCGCGUCAAGCAACCAAUUUCUGUUGGCUGGAGUCACCGUGCACACUCCAAUUACAAUCACUCCGGUGUCCAGUGAACCGGAGAUCGAUGUCUCUGCUUACGAUAAACAUCAUCAUUGGUCGGUGACCGAAUUCGUGCCGAAAGCCCCGGCAGCUCUCAAAAAAAUUGGAAAAUUGUCUCAAGACAGGAAAGAUAAAGAUAAGGGAAGAGGUAAAGACAGUCAUCAGAAGGUUGACGCGGAAAUUGAAGAGUUAUUUGAUCGAGUAAAAAAAAUAGAUGGCAUCGGGGAAACUAAAAUAAUGAAGGAAGACGGGAAAGAUGUUGAAACGAUUAAAGCCACAGAAUCAGUGAAAAUAGAAAUAAAUCCGAAGAAAGUCAGGGUGAAGAAGGGAGAUUCGAGCGGACUUUACGAUAAAAAAAGGAAAAUUGAGAGAAAAGAGAAGAAAGUUAAAGGGAAGAGGAAGAAGAAUUUGCCGAAAUUGAUGAAAGAAGCAUUGGAAGAAAUGGCCGAGGAAGGCUACCUAUUUGCGAAACUCCCUCAGUGCCACAAAAUUCCUCCUCUCCAGACGUGGAUUCUGUACCGCAAGGGGUUCAAGAUGACAGAGAAAAGGAAAAAUCUUCUCGAGCAGACACAGAAAACUUGGGAGGCCUGCGAAGCCCAUCUCUACAAAAAAAUCAAAGCCCCAACGCUGCACCUCUCACAAGCUCAGAAGUUUGCGCUCACGUGGGAUCAAAUUCAGGAAAUAAGGAGAAAGAUCGCAUCGAAGAAGAAAACAUUUUACAGCAGCGUACGCAAGUCUCGAGUACUUCAAUCGAGAGCGAUGUGGAAUCUUAUGAUUCAUGACAAGAAUCCAAACGUGAACUUCAAAAAGUCGUACUACAUGUACCAAGCCAGCAAGGAGGGCGACGGAUACCUUCUCAAGCCUUAUGGCUUCGAGGCCGCCUGAAAUUCACUUUGAGGAAAUUGAGUGGAGAAGUGAUGGAGAAUAGGAGAUCCGUUGAAAAUUCAUUUUCAGAUAAUUUCGCAACCAUCUACGAUGGAGUGAAGUUCAGAAGAUUCGCUAAAAAAUCAUUUUUGCAGAGACUUCUGAGGACAAAAAAAAUUGUAAAAUAAUCUCGGAGAGAAUUUUGCUCGAGAAUGAAUUUAGAAAAUAUUUUGAAGGAAUAUCUGAAACUAGUGGGUUUAUCAAGAUAUGUGGGAAGAUCUGUUUCUGCAGUUCAUGAAAUUUAAUAUAAGGAAAGUUCUUCUGUUAUUUCUCUCACAACUGACUAGUUUUAGAGAUAUUUACAAAAUAAUUAAUUUUAUUAUUCAAUUUCGUUAAGAAAUUUGCAGAAACUUUUCUUAUAGAAAUAUAAAUUACCUACCAAAAAGAUACUUUGCCAUUUCCAUUCCCCAAGUAAUUACAUUUUGAAAAUCACACCUGGAAUUUAUAACAACGACUAAUUCAGAUCAAAUUUCCGUAUUUCUUUAUAUUGAAAACUCAGCUAAUUCCUGGAAUAUUCAUGAAAUUGGAGUUCUCAAGUCCAUAUCAUAAUGAUUAUCAUUGAAAAUUAUGAAAAUGAGACAGUUAUAUUUUUAAACUGUCAAUCUAUUGAAAGUUCAAUUGAAUUAAUGAUCAAUUUUUACAGUCAGUUCGAGAAUUAAGUUGUCACUAGAAUACCAAUGAUCGUCUGACAUGAAAAAAUAAUUUUUAUUGAAUUUUCAAGAUAAAUAGGACAUUCUAUAACCGUUUUGAUCUCAAAUUCAAUUCAACAUCACAGCAAUGAAGAAUCAAAUGCAGCUACUACUUAAGGUGUUUCAUGCGAAAAAGGUAAAUAAUGACAUUCAUCUGGAAUUCAUAUAGAAUGUUUACAAUGAUAACUGAAUUAUCUAUGAAUUCUUUUCUAUAAUUUUUUCAGAUUUCCUUUUCAAGUUAUUAACGCUAAUAUCGCUUGCUAAAUGGUAAAAGAUCGUAUUGACCAUUUUGGAAUUUUUAGGUCAACAAAGUGGCAAAAGAUUGUAUAAACCUAAUCUAGGGAACAUGAAAUCUAAACGACUUGGGCUCUCUAGAAUCAUUUUAAUCCAACUUUUGAGGAAAAAUUUUUUUUGGCGCAUACGACCUUUUUCCACAAAUUUUUCUCCAAUAAA